CAAACUUUCUAUAUACGCGCAAUAUGGCGACAGCAUUUCUAUGCUUUUAGGCAAUUCUAGCGAGAGACAAACAACACGCCAAUUUUGCAAAUGCGCCACGUAAUACAUCAAUAAACAUUUGUUUGUGUCGGCUUCCGCGGUUUUUGUGUUGUAUGACGGACAUCUGUCUGGUAACAAUUCGUGGUAAUUGUGCGAAUGAAUCGGCAGCCAUUUUUAAACUGCCCACUUACUAUACAGUGUAUAAAAAGGAUAUGGAUAAUGGACCUUGUGUUGCGAGAUAGCGAUUUCGAGCGAAUGAGAUUAAAUGGGGCGUGAUUGUUAGCAAAAGAACAAGAACAAAGCAAACGAGUCGGGAAUAACUUCGUCGGAGCGUGUUUGAUCGUCAUCGUCGACGUCGGGGCCGUGAUCGUCGUCUUCGUCCUCAUUGUCCUCGGCGGAUUACCAACCAACACCAAGAGCGAGACUAUUUUUCUUCUCGUGUGCGCGUAACGAAUAGUGUUCGAAUCGACGAGCGCAUUUCUUCUCCGUGUAAUUAACGUAAUAGCGAAUUGUCAACAUUCGCGACAGUUCGCUCGGAAUAUGCCUUUAAGUUCACAUCCCGUAUUCUUGCUAAGAGAAGCGCGUGGUUCGGCCGAUCGUUUGCACUGAUCGAACCGGAAGAGACAGAGAGAGAGAGAGAGGGAGAGAGAGAGAAAAGAAAAAAAGAGAAAGAAAGAAAGACACCGAGAGAUCACCACGAGGUAGGAUCACUAACAAUCAUAAUCCGAGGAAUCUGGAAGAUCCGAACGCGUGCAACACAACGAUGUCGAUUCUAACAUGCGAGAGGACGGAUGCAACGAUCGUGUCUCUCGAAUGUUAAGUUUCUAUAAUAAUGGCAGAUAAUGUGCACAGAAAAUCGCACAAGCUGUCGGAUGGUAGUAGAAAAAUUUCUAACCCGGUUCACCGCACGACCACGGAGACGAUCCGGCUGGGAGAAAUAGAAAAGCUGCACCAGCCGGUCACUCUCAUCGCGCCGAGCAACGUGCAACAAGCCGGGAGCGGCAACCAGUGCAAUCGGAAGAAAACGUCGUCCUUCCAGAUAACUAGCGUUACCGUAGGCUGCCGCAUGAGCAAUGAUGCUGGCGAGGAUUCGAACGAUGAUCUGGACGAGUCGCACACGGAAGACAAUUCUGUCGAGCACUCGCGCAUCACCGACAUCGACAUCGAGACGCCUAGCUACUCCGAGGACACUUUCUCCAAGGAGGACGUGUUCUUCAACACGAGCAACGCCGCCCUCAGCACGGCGCCGGUGAUUCCAACAAGUUCGCAAUACGGCUUGGCGAUCGUGCCCUCCGAAGGUGGUAAUGCAAGUAACUCAGUUAACGAUAGCAAUAUCAACACCCUGGACAUCACGUCUGUCACCGACAAGAAUAUAAUAAACUUACUGUCGAGUAACGUUAAGCAAGAUGCCGAUCUGCGAGAAGUUCACUCGCACGGUAGAAACGAGAGAUUCAAGGUGGUCAAGAUCGAGAGCACGGAACCUUUCAAGAGAGGACGAUGGACCUGUAUGGAUUACUUGGAUCAUACAUCGGUUAAUCAACCGACCGCCAUCAGUACUCCCAAAGUGUCUGAUCCGAAUGAGGUGUGUAUAUCUUACGGGGUGACUGACAGCGGAGUCGUUGUACCGGAAGCCGCCAAGCAAUCCGUAGUGACUGACGAUAAAGGGAUUAGUAUCGACUCCAACGGACCAGUUUCGUCUCAUCCAGAUGCAGUGCAUACGUCGAUUGCUGUAUCGAACAAUCCCGCUCAAUCGGUACCGAGUGCGAACUACGCGGUAAAUAACUCAAUACCUCCCAAUGUACAGCAUAAUCCUACGCAAGUUCAAACCCAGGCCAAAGUGCAACAGCCCACACCGGCGCAGCCAAUUCCGCAAUACUUUCAAUCGCAGGCCCAGCCAAUAGCUACCCAGCAGCAGCAACAGCAACAACAACAGCAGCAGCAGCAGCAGCAGCAGCAAAGUGGUCAAGGAUCUACGUUACCUUCCAAUUUGCAGACCGCUCAUCCUAACAAUCUGAGUCAGCCCCAAAGUAUGCCCCAGGGUUCUAUUCCUCUCAUGACACAGACUAAUAAUAGCACGGUGACUGCUCAGCAGAGUAUACCUCAUUCGAAGGAAGAAACAUAUGUGACAGUGAGCACUCAGAAUCAAUCUCUGCCGGUGCAAAAUGUUUGUCCAGCGGCGGUGCAGCAAACCUCGGCACCGACCUCCCAGACACCAAACAUACUUGUUACGCAGCACCAGUCGGACGCAGCUGCCUGUCAGCAGACUUUGCAGACGCAGAAACCGCAGAUGACACAGAUUUCCGAGCCACUAACUGCCAUACAAGGGAUGCAAGGCAUGCAAAACAUUCACACGGUUCCUCAGACGGCAAGCGCGCCGCAGCAAGCUUCUUCGACAAUUCAUCCAUCCGGCGCAUCGGUGCAGUCACAGGUGAUCGCGUCCACGACGCAACAGAUGCAGCCGCAAACGUCCACCAGCACUGCUCCGGUACAGAUCACGCAAGUAACGGCCAAUUGUCAGAACGUCGUAGGCGGAUUGCAGCAGGGAAACAUAGCGUUUCAUCAGUCCGAUCCAGAACAGGAAUCCAUCACCGGCAUUGUUCCUAAUUCCACGAACGUACAGUCAGCCGACGCGACUCUCCUCGAAUCAUUAGCCGAAGUUACGCAGGGCAGCGACGAGCAUCGUACCCUCGAAGAUAAUGAAAGUAUGUCGGGGACAAGUGCUGUGGCAAUUGAUAAUAAAAUCGAGCAGGCUAUGGAUCUGGUUAAAAGUCAUUUAAUGUUCGCGGUAAGAGAAGAAGUCGAGGUACUGAAAGAAAAGAUAGCCGAGCUUAUGGAUCGUAUCAAUCAAUUGGAGGCAGAAAAUUCAAUAUUAAAAGCACACGCAACUCCGGAAACUCUGGCUCAAUUGAGCCAAUCGACAGCAAAAUUACCCCAAAACAGUUCAGGAAGUGGUCAAUAGUUUAAUUGUUUAGGAAGAACAUAUUUAAAACUGUAAAAAUUUGAAGGUUUCUUCUUUCUAAACAUGAUGAAGAUAAUUUUGAAGAUAUAUGUAUAUGUAUAUGUAUGUAUGUGUAUAUAAUAUAUAUGUAUAUAUACAUACAUAUAUAUAUAUAUAUACAUGUACACAUACUGUUGAUUCUAGACAAAAACAUAUACCAAGUACUAAAGCAACGCUAGGAACAGAAUGGACAUUAUUAGAAACACGAUUUUCUAACGUAUUACAAAACAAAAAAAUAGUAACAAUACGACAGGAUAGACAGCUUGACAUUCCUUGUUUGCUAUUGUUUUAAUACUGUAUUUUUGAUUACAAAUUUCAUCAAACUUACACAGUGUGAUUGGCAAAGAUGAUCAAAACUUAUAACAUUUUUGAGAUAUUCUAUUUAACGUACAUUUUUCUCAUUUUCUCUUAUUUUUUAAUGAUUUUUAGAAUCUUUAUAGUAAAAUUUUGAUUUGAUGGUAAAUUGUGGUAUCCAACACAUUUGCCACUUCAAUAUGAAAUCUCAUAUUUUAUAAGAUCUGCUCGUUGUAGUCUGGUUUUUAA